ACACUCCACUUCAGAAUCUCUUGUUUAGAGCUGAUCUCGAGAAUUGAGGUCGCUUGCUCAAUCUAUCUUCUAUAUUAAUUUUAAUUGCGUCCUUGACCUGGAGCUUCUUUCUCUCGCGUUUCUCUAAAUUUCACCCCGCUUUUAUCACAUUCGCCGCCAUGUCGCUUCCUCCUGUCUAUAUCGUCUCAUCUGCCCGUACCCCUGUGGGCUCAUUUCUCGGCUCUUUGUCUUCCUUGUCUGCCACUCAACUCGGCUCCCAUGCUAUCAAAGGAGCUUUGGACAGAGUUGAAGGAGUAAAGGCCGCUGAUGUCGAGGAAGUCUUUUUUGGAAACGUUCUAUCUGCCAAGUAGGUUUCCCGCGCAUUCUUCUGGUUGAAGAACUUGGCAGUACUAACGACCUCGAUUGAUAGUGUUGGACAGAACCCCGCCAGACAAGCAGCCCUCGGUGCCGGUCUCCUCGAAUCCACAGUAUGCACAACCGUGAACAAAGUUUGCGCCUCGGGCUUGAAGGCGGUUAUGCUUGGAGUCCAACACAUCCAGACCGGUGGUGCCGAUAUCGUUGUCGCUGGUGGCAUGGAGUCCAUGUCUAACGUCCCUCAUUACCUCCCCACUCUGCGAAAUGGUGCCAAAUACGGCCACCAGAACUUGGUCGACGGAAUCAUGAAGGACGGUCUCACCGACGCAUACAAGCAGGAACUUAUGGGUCUUUCUGCCGAGGAGUGUGCCCAGGAUCACGGCUUCAACCGUGAGCAACAGGAUGAAUAUGCCAUCCGCACCUACCAGAAGGCUCAGGAAGCUCAGAAGAGUGGCGCGCUCAAUGCUGAGAUUGUUCCUAUUGAAUUGCCCGGCUUCAGGGGUAAGCCUGGCGUUACCGUCUCUCAGGACGAGGAACCUAAGAACCUCAACCCAGACAAACUCCGAGCAAUCAAGCCUGCCUUCAUCCCCGGAUCCGGAACCGUCACCGCUCCCAACUCCUCCCCCCUCAACGAUGGUGCUGCCGCCGUUGUCCUCGUCUCCGAAGCCAAAUUGAAAGAACUCAACCUUAAGCCCAUCGCUAAAAUCCUCGGCUUCGCCGACGCUGCCCAACAGCCCAGCAAAUUCACCACAUCUCCCGCUCUUGCCAUCCCCAAGGCCCUCAAGAAGGCCGGUGUCACUCAAGACCAGAUCGACGCCUUCGAGAUCAAUGAAGCUUUCAGUGUUGUUGCGCUCGCAAACAUGAAGUUACUCGGCUUGUCAGAAGAUAAAGUGAACAUUCACGGUGGUGCUGUUGCUAUCGGUCACCCUCUCGGUGCCAGUGGUGCUCGUAUCCUUGUGACACUAUUGGGUGUUCUCAAGGCUAAGGGUGGUAAGCUUGGAUGUGCUGGCAUCUGCAAUGGUGGUGGCGGUGCUAGUGCUCUUGUGUUAGAGUCUCUCUUGUAAUGAAUCAAAGGAGGGAUUGAACAUUUAACGAACUAAAAAAGGUUAUGGAAUUCCUUUAUUUUCCAACUGUAAUUAGAUUUUACGAAGAUAUCAAUACAGCUUGUGUGAUGACAGGUG